AUGUCUGCAAAAUAUACAAAUCCCAUCAUAUCUGGCUUUUCACCAGAUCCUUCAGUAACUUUCUAUGACGGGACUUUCUUCCUUGUUAAUUCUUCAUUUCACAUCUUCCCCGGCAUCCCCAUAUAUGCCUCCAACGAUCUGAAUUCCUGGACACAAAUCGAGAAGAUACUCAUCGCAACCGGUGGACUAUUCGCAGCAACGAUCCGCCAACACCAUGGGACUUUCUAUGUCAUCUGCACAAAUGAUUGGGGCGAGGGGCCGAACCUGAUAAUGCGGAACUUCUAUGUCACCACAAAGGACAUCUGGUCUGGAGAAUGGAGUGACCCGAUCUGGUUCGACUUCAGUGGGAUUGACCCCAGCUUGUUUUUCGACGACGACGGGAGAGUGUAUAUCCAAGGCUCUUAUAGACCGUCAAAUCUCAUGGAGCUGAAGUGCGAUAUCAGACAAUUUGAGGUCGAGAUCGAGACGGGGAAAGCUCUUUCCGAGACGACGAAAAUUUGGGAUGGCUUUGCGGGAAAAGAUGAUGCUGAGGGCCCACAUAUCUAUAAGAAGGAUGGAUGGUACUAUCUUCUUACUGCUGAGGCUGCGACUUUCGAGCACCACUUGAUUGCUAUGGCGCGUUCGCGCAACAUAUGGGGCCCUUAUGAGUCAUACGAGAACAAUCCGGUGCUCACAGCUUAUGGAAAGGGCGAUAUGAUCCAGAAUACAGGACAUGGCGAUCUCUUCCAGGACGGAGAUGGCAAAUGGUGGAUCACCGCCUUGGGUAUUCGGAAUAUGGAUGGUUGCUAUCCGAUGGGACGAGAAACAUUUCUUGCCCCAGUGGAAUGGCCAACUGGAGGUUGGCCACAAAUUGAGUUCCCAAAAUUGGAGUUUGAACGAACUCGAAUAUCCAACAUGAGGUCGAAGGAAAUCCCACUUCCAGAUGAGAGUCGAAGAUAUGAAUAUGUCUACAUUCGUACCCCGAAUCUAGAUGACUUCAGUUUUCCUUUCAACAACCGGGUCAUAAAGCUCAUUCCAAGAACAACCACGCUUUCUUCUCCCACAGGAACAACCACUUUCGUCGGCAAGAGGCAGCGCCUGCAAGCUAGCAUCGCAACUACGACCCUCCAACCUGUUCUUGUGCAAUCUCAAAAAGACAAUGCCAUCUUUGCCGGCUUGACGGUAUGGAAAGAAUCCAUCCGCCACGCGGAAAUCUACUACGAUUACCACACGUCUUCAAUCUGCUUCAGCAAAACAAACAAAAUGUUGAGUGAUGAGCCUGAGACGAAGUCUCAGCCGCUCCAGCUGACGGACAUGAUACACUUCCAGAUCAAGUGUACGCCUAAAGUAUAUGAGUUAUCGUACAAAAUGGGAAGCGAUGGUACAUGGACGAAGUUUGGGUCAAUGGGAGCGAUUGAGUUUUCCGGGUAUGAUUUCACGGGAACGAUGUUCGGUGUCUUUGCUUCCACCAAAAGUGAGGAGGCUGGAACUGAGGUCACUUUUGAAGACUUUAAAAUCAUGUAG